GUCGCUUGUUUCUUUCGCACGAUCUGGCAACCCAGGUUCUGCCCGUGGAGCUGCUCUAACACUCGGCUGAAGAAAGCACUACAAUUUACUGAUUGCCACCUGCCCUGGGCAGCGUUAUUUUACAAUAACCAACGCUGUAGCAGACAUUAUCACGGCGUCGGAAACAAGCGCGGGACCAGCCGAUAUCUCCAAAAAGAAGCCCGGUUCUGGACGACAGCCGUGCCUCCCGGAUGAGAACAGCCAAGGAGCUGCACUGUCUGGAAUAAAUAAGGCGUUUCUAUCCCCCCCCAUCCACCCCCUCCUUCCCUUUCUCCUCUUGGGGCUGUAAAUAAGCUGGAGUUGUGUAGACCCUUGAGAAGUCCUCCUCUUUUCACUCUUCCCCAUUCUUUCUGCCUUCCCUGCCCACUCGGAUUCCACUGCCGCUGUGUUUGCUGCUGAAAGGUGCCAGGGAGAUGCCCAGAUGAUCCAUCAGGCCGUUUUCAACCACGCCGUUCAUAUAGCCCCAGCCAGGAAAGAGUAACUAGUGCAACUGAGAGAGAACCCUAGAGGGUGCUCUUGGCGUCCUGUGAGGCCUCCCCGCCAAGCCUGGCAGAAAGCUUGGCUUACCCCUUUUCUCCUCCAGCGCCUGAGAUGCCCUCCUCUCCCAAUGAUGGAGAGGAUCAAGGAGCGUCCCCCGUGAACGGAACAUCUGUGGGCUCCUACCAGAACAGUGGGAAGAGGAAGGUGCACACCAAAAAGAAGAAAUGCACAAUUACUGCCAAUGUUGCUGGCACAAAAUAUGAAAUAGUUCGUAUCGUCAUCAACGAAAUGGACUUCAUAAAGACUCGGGAUGACGAUGAGACUGCCAACCUCAUCUGGAAUGACUCAGCGGUGCAGCAUGAGAAAAUUGCUGAGCUCAGGAAUUAUCAGAGAAUUAACCAUUUCCCGGGCAUGGGCGAAAUCUGCCGCAAAGACUGCCUUGCAAGGAACAUGUCCAAAAUGAUCAAGUGCCAGCCUCAAGAGUACAGCUUCAUCCCCAAAACGUGGAUCUUCCCUGCUGAGUACACACAGUUCCAAAACUACGUCCAGGAGCUACGAAGGAAACGCAAGCAGAAGACCUUCAUUGUUAAACCUGCCAACGGAGCAAUGGGUCAUGGGAUCUCACUUAUCCGCAACUGCGAGAAGCUGCCAGCCCAGGAGCACUUUAUAGUUCAGGAGUACCUGGACAAGCCCUUCCUGAUGGAGGGCUACAAGUUUGACCUCCGCAUCUAUGUCCUGGUCACAUCUUGCGAUCCGCUCCGUAUAUUCCUCUACAACGAUGGCCUGGUCAGAAUGGGCACGGAGAAGUACCAUGCACCCAGUGAAGCCAACCUGAGUCAGCUCUACAUGCAUCUGACCAACUACUCGGUCAACAAACACAAUGAGAACUUUGAGCGAGAUGAGACGGUGGACAAAGGCAGCAAGAGGUCCAUCUGCUGGUUCACGGAGUUCCUCCGCACCAACGACUAUGACAUGGCCAAGUUCUGGGGAGACGUCUCUGAGCUGGUGGUGAAAACAUUAAUAGUGGCUGAACCCCAUGUGCUGCAUGCCUACCGAAUGUGUCGCCCGGGCCAACCACCAGGGAGCGACAGUGUCUGCUUUGAAAUCCUGGGCUUCGACAUCAUCCUAGACCGUAAACUCAAACCCUGGCUGUUGGAGAUCAAUCGCGCUCCGAGCUUUGGGACCGAUCAGAAGAUUGAUUAUGAUGUGAAGAAAGGAGCACUGCUCAAUGCUCUGAAGCUCCUCAACAUUAGAGCCAGUGAUAAGAAACGCAACCUGGCCCAGCAGAAAGCAGAAGCGCAGAGGCGGCUCUAUGGGCAUGGCUCCAUGAAGAAGCUCUCAGCUGCCUCAUCAGACUGGGAAAAACAACGUCACACAUUAGAACGAAGAAGAGAAGAACUGAAAGAACGAUUGGCACAGGUUCGUAAGCAGAUUUCCAGGGAAGAACAUGAAAAGCAACAUCUAGGGAACUACAGACGUAUUUACCCCCCAGACGACAAGCUGCUGUUGGAAAAGUAUGAAAGCCUGCUCUCAGCCGCCUUUCAGACCUUCCUUGCCGGGCGAGCUGCCUCACUUCAAAAGGAAAUGAAUAAUCCUCUGAAACGAAUGAAGGAGGAGGACAUUUUGGAUCUGCUGGAGCAGUGUGAACUGGACGAUGAGAAGCUGAUGGGCAAAUCCACCAGGCAACGAGGCCCGAAGCCCUUGACCACCAUGCCAGAGUGCAGUCAAACACCGAGGCGUCUACGACCAGACUACCUGGCAGAUUUUACCAGUUGCAGCAGUGCUGAUAACUCCUGCUCCUCUUCGGAUGAAGAAGACGAGGAGAGGAGAAAAGCAGCAGGUAGAAGAGGUGGAGAAAAGAGAGGAGAGAAGAAAGUUUCCUACGACCUUGGAGAAAGCAAGGACAAGAACACGGCUGAGCGUUCAGGUCGCAUGCACUGGAAACCUCCAGUCAAGUCGCUCAAAACCAGCACUGCCCCCUCCGCUUCGCCGACCCUCUCCGGCCCGAUCAGACGUUCCAUAUCGUGCCCUCGCUCCAUCUCUUCCCUCUCAUCCGCCAAUGACGUGCGGGCGCUGUCCACUAGACCUGCAGUUCCCAUGGCCACACCCCUCAUUAGGCCCAGCUCCGCCACCCUUCGCUCUCAUUCACUGAGUCGCAGUGGCUCCUCUCAUCGAGUACCUCACAGCAACAGCCUGGGAACCAUCCACUCCAAUACAGGUGACCCACUCAUAAAUCUGAGGACUAAACAGCAGGAAGCAGAGCUGGUGGGGCAGACCCUCGCAGUACUCACCUCCAUGAGGAUCAGGUUUCCCGGAAAAACGGAAGAAGAGGCCGAGGCUGUGCUGGAUGAGAUCCUUGACAACUGGAAAUACCAUAAACCAAAGGUGGCCUCCUAUUGGUUAGUGAAGUUGGAUUCAACCAAACAACGUAAAGUAUUGGACAUUGUACGUACUAAUGUGCGCUCGGCGCUGCAGCGAGUCUGGAGGGAACCCGAUGUCGAGAGCCUUCACCUCUUUCGGCUAUUUAACCGCGUCUUCAACCGAAUGCUCUGGAGUCAUGGUCAAGGCUUGUGGAACUGCUUCUCAAACACUGGUUCAUCGUGGGAGACCAUCUUCAGCAAGAGCAGUGAGGUGGUCUCUCCCCAAGAGCUGCAGUGCUGCCGCCGGCUGGUCCAGCUGUGCCGAGACUGUCUGUUGGUCGUCUACAAGUUUGUCUUCGAGUCCCGUGGCUCUUUGACCGGACUCAGCCCCGAUUGGGAUGACACAAGGUAUCUGCUGCCAGUGACCUCCCAGUUCAUCAUGAAGUGGCCUUCGUCCAGCUUUGGCCGCAUCUCGUCGGCCGUGCCACGCUCCCGCAGCCUUUUUGCCGCUAGGAUGGGCCACUUCUGAGGUCACAGUGGCAACCCUUGCUUCUGACACCUCGCCUUUUGACCUCAACCUCCCACGAUUGACUCCCUCCUCGCCAAACCCAGAUUUGUGCAAUCCCAUCUUGGACCUGAACACAGAGCAGCUCUGGACGCCGGGUGGGGCCUCACACUACAAUUCAGUCUCCUUGUGGAAGAAUAGAACCAAGCAAGGCUGGAUGACUUUGGAUAAAUAAAAGGGCGUUUCUCAGCUUGGCUUAGUUCAGCCCUGCUCAGACCAGCAGACCAGAGGUAUCCUCACCCCGUCUUUUACCCCAGUGAACAAGACAAUGAUUCUUUUCAUUGUAACUGCUGUAUUAUACUCACUGUACAGUUUCAAGUCAUGGUACUGUAAAAGGAAAGAAUAACAAAUACUAAACAAUGCAAGGUUUAUUUCUUUAUUUCUUAUUGUAUGUAUUUAUUUGUUUUUGUUAGUUAUUCCGGGAAUGCAAUGAACGCUGAUGCAGUAUGCUGGUAUGGAUUAGUAUCAACAAAGCCACCCUUCAUUUACAAACUAAAAUUGGAUGUAAUAUUGCCUUUUUUUGCUGUCUGCAAUAAGUCAUUUUAUUAAGUAAGUAAAAAUAAAUUUAAAGUUUUUUAAUGACCAUUUCAUGUUGUAGUUUUUGUAGUUUUGUGUAAACGCCAGAAAAGUGGAGCACGGACCACUCUUGAAUGAUGAUGCUGUGUGCGUCAAUUGUGUGAGGAACUAUUAGGCAACACAAUGUUUAGAAUGUCAGUGUAGAAAAAGACAAGUGUCUUAGAGGAGGAGCUGACUUGAUGCCAC